UCCUACCCUCAAGCUACUCAUGGUGUCUUGGGGAAGACCAGCAACAGACCUACUCACAGAACAGGCUGGUGGGCCAGGCCGUGGUGUCCACAUGGUGAUGUGGGGCGAGGCCACGUGUACAGGCCACUGAGAGCGCCGUGAAUACCCCCAACUGCCACCAUGGCCCGCCUGGCCGCCGCACUCUGGAGUCUCUGUAUCACUGCUGUCUUGGUCACCUCGGCCACCCAAGCAGGCCUGAGCCGUGCUGGGCUCCCAUUCGGGCUGAUGCGCCGGGAGCUGGCAUGCGAAGGUUACCCCAUUGAGCUGCGGUGCCCAGGCAGUGAUGUCAUCAUGGUAGAGAACGCCAACUAUGGGCGCACAGACGACAAGAUCUGCGAUGCCGACCCAUUUCAGAUGGAGAAUGUGCAGUGCUACCUGCCAGACGCCUUCAAGAUCAUGUCACAGAGGUGUAACAACCGCACCCAGUGCGUGGUGGUGGCCGGCUCUGAUGCCUUUCCUGACCCCUGUCCUGGGACCUACAAGUACCUGGAGGUGCAGUACGACUGUGUCCCCUACAAAGUGGAGCAGAAAGUCUUCGUGUGCCCAGGGACCCUGCAGAAGGUGCUGGAGCCCACAUCGACGCAUGAGUCAGAACACCAGUCUGGGGCAUGGUGCAAGGACCCGCUGCAGGCAGGCGACCGAAUCUACGUCAUGCCCUGGAUCCCUUACCGCACCGACACGCUAACCGAGUACGCCUCAUGGGAGGACUAUGUGGCCGCGCGCCACACCACCACCUACCGCCUGCCCAACCGCGUGGACGGCACGGGCUUCGUGGUCUACGACGGGGCUGUCUUCUACAACAAGGAGCGCACGCGCAACAUUGUCAAGUAUGACCUGCGCACGCGCAUCAAGAGUGGGGAGACGGUCAUCAACACCGCCAACUACCACGACACGUCGCCCUACCGCUGGGGUGGCAAGACCGACAUUGACCUGGCGGUGGACGAGAACGGGCUGUGGGUGAUCUACGCCACGGAGGGCAACAACGGGAGACUGGUGGUGAGCCAGCUGAACCCCUACACGCUACGUUUCGAGGGCACCUGGGAGACCGGCUACGACAAGCGCUCGGCAUCCAAUGCCUUCAUGGUGUGCGGCGUUCUCUACGUGCUGCGGUCUGUGUAUGUGGAUGACGACAGUGAGGCCGCCGGCAACCGCGUGGACUACGCCUUCAACACUAACGCCAACCGCGAGGAGCCCGUCAGCCUGGCUUUCCCUAAUCCCUACCAGUUCGUCUCCUCAGUCGACUACAACCCCCGGGACAACCAGCUGUAUGUCUGGAACAACUAUUUUGUGGUGCGCUACAGCCUGGAGUUCGGGCCUCCCGACCCCAGCGCUGGCCCAGCCACAUCCCCGCCCAUCAGCACAACCACUACCGCAAGGCCCACACCUCUCACCAGCACAGCCUCACCUGCAGCCACCACCCCGCUCCGCCGGGCACCCCUCACUACGCACCCUGUGGGUGCCAUCAACCAGCUGGGACCUGACCUGCCUCCAGCCACAGCCCCAGCCCCCAGCACCCGGCGGCCCCCAGCCCCUAAUCUGCACGUGUCCCCAGAGCUCUUCUGUGAACCUCGAGAAGUACGGCGGGUCCAGUGGCCUGCCACGCAGCAGGGCAUGCUGGUGGAGAGGCCCUGUCCCAAGGGGACUCGAGGAAUUGCUUCCUUCCAGUGUCUACCAGCCCUGGGGCUCUGGAACCCCCGGGGCCCUGACCUCAGCAACUGCACCUCCCCCUGGGUCAACCAGGUGGCCCAGAAGAUUAAGAGUGGGGAGAACGCAGCCAACAUCGCCAGUGAGCUGGCCCGCCACACCCGGGGCUCCAUCUAUGCUGGCGACGUGUCCUCCUCUGUGAAGCUGAUGGAACAGCUGCUGGACAUCUUGGACGCCCAGCUACAGGCCUUGCGGCCCAUCGAGCGAGAAUCAGCUGGCAAGAAUUACAACAAGAUGCAUAAGCGGGAGAGAACAUGCAAGGACUACAUCAAGGCUGUGGUGGAGACGGUAGACAACCUGCUGCGGCCAGAGGCACUCGAGUCCUGGAAGGACAUGAAUGCUACAGAGCAGGUGCACACGGCCACCAUGCUCCUGGAUGUCUUGGAAGAGGGUGCUUUCCUGCUGGCUGACAAUGUCCGGGAGCCUGCCCGCUUCCUGGCUGCCAAACAGAAUGUGGUCCUGGAGGUCACCGUCCUGAACACCGAGGGCCAAGUGCAGGAGCUCGUGUUCCCCCAGGAGUACCCAAGCGAGAACUCCAUCCAGCUCUCCGCCAAUACCAUCAAGCAGAACAGCCGGAACGGGGUGGUCAAAGUUGUCUUCAUCCUCUACAACAACCUGGGCCUCUUCCUGUCAACUGAGAAUGCCACGGUGAAGUUGGCGGGUGAAGCGGGUGCAGGUGGCUCCGGGGGUGCCUCGCUGGUGGUGAACUCACAGGUCAUUGCUGCAUCCAUCAACAAGGAGUCCAGCCGAGUCUUCCUCAUGGAUCCUGUCAUCUUCACCGUGGCCCACCUGGAGGUCAAGAACCACUUCAAUGCCAACUGCUCCUUCUGGAACUACUCAGAGCGUUCCAUGCUGGGCUACUGGUCAACGCAGGGCUGCCGCCUGGUGGAGUCCAAUAAGACACAUACCACGUGUGCCUGCAGCCACCUGACCAACUUUGCCGUGCUCAUGGCUCACCGCGAGAUCUACCAGGGUCGUAUGAACGAGCUACUACUGUCGGUCAUCACCUGGGUGGGCAUCGUGAUCUCCCUGGUCUGCUUGGCCAUCUGCAUCUCCACCUUCUGCUUCCUGCGGGGCUUGCAGACUGACCGCAACACCAUCCACAAGAAUCUGUGCAUCAACCUCUUUCUAGCAGAGCUGCUCUUCCUGGUCGGGAUAGACAAGACUCAGUAUGAGAUUGCCUGCCCCAUCUUUGCCGGCUUGCUGCACUACUUCUUCCUGGCUGCUUUCUCCUGGCUGUGCCUGGAGGGUGUUCACCUCUACUUGCUGCUGGUGGAGGUGUUUGAGAGCGAGUACUCCCGCACCAAAUACUACUACCUGGGCGGCUACUGCUUCCCAGCCCUGGUGGUGGGCAUCGCUGCUGCCAUCGACUACCGCAGCUACGGCACAGAGAAGGCCUGCUGGCUCAGGGUGGACAAUUAUUUCAUCUGGAGCUUCAUCGGGCCGGUCUCCUUUGUUAUUGUGGUGAACCUGGUGUUCCUUAUGGUGACUCUGCACAAGAUGAUCCGGAGCUCAUCCGUGCUCAAGCCUGACUCCAGUCGCCUGGACAACAUUAAGUCCUGGGCCCUGGGGGCCAUUGCGCUGCUCUUCCUGUUGGGCCUCACCUGGGCUUUUGGCCUUCUCUUCAUCAACAAGGAGUCAGUGGUCAUGGCCUAUCUCUUUACCACCUUCAACGCCUUCCAGGGAGUCUUCAUCUUCGUCUUUCACUGCGCCUUACAGAAGAAGGUGCACAAGGAGUACAGCAAGUGCCUGCGUCACUCCUACUGCUGCAUCCGCUCCCCGCCUGGGGGCGCUCACGGCUCCCUCAAGACCUCAGCCAUGCGGAGCAAUACCCGCUAUUACACAGGGACUCAGAGUCGAAUCCGGAGGAUGUGGAAUGACACCGUGAGGAAACAAACGGAGUCCUCCUUCAUGGCGGGCGACAUCAACAGCACUCCCACCUUGAACCGAGGUACCAUGGGGAACCACCUGCUGACCAACCCCGUGCUGCAGCCCCGUGGGGGCACCAGCCCCUACAACACCCUCAUCGCUGAGUCAGUGGGCUUCAAUCCCUCUUCACCCCCUGUCUUCAACUCCCCAGGGAGCUACCGGGAACCCAAGCACCCCUUGGGAGGCCGGGAAGCCUGUGGUAUGGACACGCUGCCCCUCAACGGCAACUUCAACAACAGUUACUCCUUGCGAAGUGGGGAUUUCCCUCCAGGGGACGGAGCCCCUGAGCCACCCCGAGGCCGGAACCUGGCUGAUGCAGCCGCCUUCGAGAAGAUGAUCAUCUCAGAGCUGGUGCACAAUAACCUGCGGGGUGGCGGCAGCGGAGCUAAGGGCCCUCCACCUCCUGAGCCCCCCGUUCCACCUGUGCCAGGGGGCAGUGGUGAGGAAGAGGCAGGUGGGCCUGGUAGUGCUGACCGGGCAGAGAUCGAACUUCUCUACAAGGCCCUGGAAGAGCCACUGCUGCUGCCCCGGGCCCAGUCGGUGCUGUACCAGAGUGAUCUGGACGAGUCGGAGAGCUGCACUGCGGAAGAUGGGGCCACCAGCCGACCCCUCUCCUCCCCUCCAGGCCGGGACUCCCUCUACGCCAGCGGGGCCAACCUGCGGGACUCGCCCUCCUACCCGGACAGCAGCCCCGAAGGGCCCAGCGAGGCCCUGCCCCCACCCCCACCUGCACCCCCUGGCCCCCCUGAAAUCUACUACACCUCUCGCCCACCGGCCCUGGUGGCCAGGAACCCCCUGCAGGGCUACUACCAGGUGCGGCGGCCCAGCCAUGAGGGCUACCUGGCGGCCCCAGGCCUCGAGGGGCCGGGGCCCGAUGGGGAUGGGCAAAUGCAACUGGUCACCAGUCUCUGAGGGACCUCAAGGACCAGGGGCUUGGGACCCAGGCCAGGGAGGGGACCCUGGGUGGGCUCUGGUUGGGAGGUGGAGACUGAUGGAGGCAGUGGCUGAUGGGCCACUCUCUCCAGGUACCCCUCAGCCCUGGGCCCUCCAGGCCCCUCAGGCUCUGCCUCAGGGGUCUGAGGUGCAGGGUUCACAGACAGGGUUUCCCAUCAGCUGCACCAGCUCUAUUUGGGGGAAGUACUGUGAGGAGGGGCCCAGAGGGCCUGGGGGGUGAGGAAGAAAUUGGAAGGGGGUAGCCCACUCUUGACUUCCCUCAGUCCCUACUCUUCAUGGCCCCCCCUGAAAUGAGGGAAACAAGGGCUUUAGUUUCCCUGGGCCAAGGGCCCCCUUGGAGAGAACCAAUCAGCUGCUCCUCUUUCUGCAGUCAGAAAUGCUGCAGCUGCAGGAGGGAGCACAGGGGGCAGACUACAGGUUGCUCCUUCACUGCAGUUCACGGCUCCUUGGAAACUAGGGUCUUGGCCUGGGAGAACACCCCAGGGCCAGAGGAAUGGGUGAUGUGGCUGGUGAUUUAAAGUGGAACUUUCUUGAAGCUCCUUCCCUCUGCUCUUGGUCCCUGCCUCCCCAGCAAGCCUCCCCUCAGCCCUCAGUGCACCCAAUGACCCCCUCCCUUGGGGUGACUCCUGAUGAAGCACAACUCCCCAAAGGGCCCCCAGCCCACAGGGGUGGCCAUAUUUGGGCAGUGCCCGGUCCUGUGGGCUUGGCUAUCUGGGGAGCAGAUUUUGGGUCUGGAUCUCCCUGGGGAGUGGGUCCUGGGCUGGGAUCUUUCCCUAGGGGGCCCUCUUACCCCUUUUCUCUCCUCCUCCCCAUUGCUGUAAAUAUUUCAACAAAAUGGAAAAGAAAAAAAGACAAAAAAAAAUCUCAUCACUUGAAGCAACUGGGAGCCUGCGGCCUGGCCAGCCCGGACUUCCUCCGGAGCAAAGCGGCACCGCCGGGCCCUGGCAGCCAGGACUUCUCCGUGUACAUGUGCAUCCCCAGCCGGGGUGGGCAGGCCGCCAGAGCAGCUUUUUACAAUCCAGAGACAGAAAACAAAAUCUAGAUGCAACAGCGAAACAAAGAACCCGUUUCCUUCCCGGCACAGUUUCCGUGGCCUCCUCACCCGCCCGCCUGCCCCCCAUCCUCAGCCCUCCUGGGGCGUGUACCUCACUGCCUGCCCCAGGACCGGGCCUGUCUCGCUCCUCCCCACUGGUCCCAGGGAGGCACCCUCACACCCAAAGAUGCUUUUGCCAAGAUGGCUGUGCUAUCUCUCUGAGUUCCUGCUUCCUGUAUGUUGCUUCUGGGACUCUGGGCAGGGGGAAAGGGGGCUGACUUCCCACCUAGGGGGGUUGAUGGGAGAAGGAAAGUAGGGAAGCACUGGGCACUGAGGACAGUGUGGUGUGACGGUGACUGAGGAAGGAGGACUGAGGGGCAAGGUUGUCUUUCCUCUCUGGAGGGCAGUGCAGGUGAGAAGUCAUCUUUCCUGCCCUUCAUCUGCUGGCUACCAGGGUCUGCAUUCAGGACAUCCUCGUUCUGGGGGCUCAACCCCAAACUCAAAGGCCCUAAAAGUUUCAGGCAUGGGAUGUCUCUGAGUAACCUCUCCUGGUCCCUCUUCCAGCCUACCACCUGGGUCCUCCCACCCCCCUCCAAACUCUGGGGGCUAGUGUAGUCCUAAUGCCACAUUAACCCAGCCCCAUCAUUACCAUUUCCCCAGGGGUGACGCUUCACCUCUGCUCUGACCCCUCCCUGUCUCUUUUGCCCCUCCCUGUUUUCUCACAAGUGCCAUGAGUUUUAAAACAUCUUCGGGUCUCAGCCUGCUGCUGCCAUGAACUUCUUUGGGUUAAGGGGGAGGGGCUCUAGGGAGGAACUGGGGGAAAGGGAAGGUAGGUGACUGGAGGGACCCUUUUGCUGCUAGAAAGCCCCUCCCUUCUGGGGAGCUGGGGCUGGCUUGCCCUUAUCAGGGGAGAAGGGGUCAGACCAAAGAUCUAGGUUUGUCCAGUGUCGGGGAGCAGGUGGGAGAUAGUAGGGUUGGGCUGUCUGGUAGGAAGGUGUUUAACCUUUCACCAGUAAACCAUGAGUGAGGUCUAGAUGGGAAAAGUAAAAAUGGAAACAGUCUUGGCUCUGUGAGGAGGGCGGGAGACAGCUCCUUGGCUAUCCUUGGCUUUACUGGGCCAGGGGCUCCAUUGGGGGUGGCUAGAGGCCUGAGAACUGCAGGAGAGGGUAAAUGGAGGGGCUGGCCCUGCCCAGUGUCAGCCCAGCUAGAUCAAGGCUCCCUCUGACAGCAGCCAGAAGGGCUGGAAAUGCAGGAUAGGGGAGGAAGGGAGUUACCAGGAGACUGGAAACAUCCACUUCCUUUCCUCAAGCUCAGCCCUCCUCUCUCUCCAGACAUGACAAUCAAGGGGAGAGGGUGCAGGAGGUCCCUUGGUUUCCAUUCCAGCUUGAAACACCAAGGUGGAUCCCAAGGCCUCAGAGCUGUGUGGCAGGAGCCCCUGGUGCAGCUGGACACCACUGCAAUUCAGUGCAAAGCCACCCCUAGAGCCCAGGUGUCCCCCACCCCAACCAGACCUGGUGCCUUGACUCCCCCAUCCCAGCGGGGACAGUAUAGAAAAGGAAGGGUCUUGGUUUCCUCUCCUGCCCCCUUCCUUGAGCUCCUGAAUUCAUUUGCUUUUAAAUCUUGUUCUUUUUCUCUGGGUUUUGUUUUGUUUUAGUUUCCCUGGCCUUCCCUUUCUCUGUCUCCACCUCUUUCCCUGUGUCUUUUCUCUGUCUCCGUGUACCUCUUCUCUUGCCCUCAAUUUCUAUCUGUCCAUUUGGGCCUCCUCCCCCACCCCACACCCCCAGUUCCUCCUUGGUCUCCUUUUCGAUAUGCCAAACCAAUUUUGGGUCGAGUGCAUUUAACGAGAACAAAACAAAAGGCUCAUAACAACAAGAACGUUUCAGAAAAAAAUAAAAAGUUUAAAAAAAUUGUUGAGUCAAAAAUCAAUAAAGAAAUUAAGAUUUCUUGGAAUGACAA